UGUCCGCACACUACCGUCAGUGAUCCACACUGGUCCACAGCGAUCAAUAUUAAAGUGUACCGCAUCACGUCCGCGUCUCCGGAAUCUUUGGAUUAUAAACCGACGCCUUUCGUACCACCGUAGUCGUCAUCGAAAUCUUUACCGGAGUCUUCGGUCCGUCCCGACCGACGAAAUAUACCCACAAAUAAUAAUUUAUAUCGCUGCAGUACCAAACGAAGGUAGCUAUUAUGCCAGCAAGGUUCUCACAAGCUAGUCAACUACAAACUGGAAAUGGGGCUGUAAACGGUGAUUUUCCACAUUUCGAAAAUGAUGAAGUGGUCAUCAGUGGAAUAUCCGGACGUUUUCCGGAGUCUAAUUCAAUCGCUGAAUUCAGAGAAAACCUGUUCGCCGGUGUAGAUAUGGUCACAGACGAUGAUCGUCGUUGGCCUGCUGGUCUUUACGGCCUCCCGACGAGGACUGGAAAACUCAAGGGAUUGGAAUAUUUCGAUGCAAAUUUUUUUGGAGUGCAUGCUAAACAGGCCGAAGUCAUGGACCCGCAGUUAAGAUUGCUUUUAGAAUCAACUUACGAAUGUAUCGUGGACGCCGGCGUGAAUCCGGACGACAUCCGUGGAUCGAAAACCGGAGUGUACGUGGGCACGUUCCAAAGCGAGACUGACGACUACUGGAGCCGAGUGCAGGAGCGCGUGAACGGUUACGGACUCACCGGAUGUAGCCGAGCAAUGUUCCCCAAUCGGGUGUCGUACACGUUCGAUUUCAACGGGCCCAGUUACUCGGUGGACACGGCCUGUUCGGGCAGUCUUUUCGCCUUGUCGCAAGCGUUGCACGCCAUCCGGAGCGGACAGUGCGAGGCGGCUGUGGUGGGCGGUGUCAACCUGCUGCUCAAGCCCACCAACUCUUUGCAGUUUCACAAGUUGAGCAUGCUGUCGUCGAAAGGGAUGUGUCGAGCUUUUGACGCUUCCGGAAACGGAUACGUGCGAAGUGAAGCUGUAGUAACAGUAUUCUUGCAGAAAGCCGGAGUAGCCAAACGAAGUUAUGCCACGGUAGUGGAGGCAUUGACCAAUAACGAUGGGUUCAAAGACCAGGGCAUCACAUUUCCGAAUGGAGUCAUGCAAAAUAAACUCAUCCGAGAAGUUUAUGCCAAAUGCGGUGUAAAUCCAGCUGAGGUGUCUUACGUAGAAGCUCACGGAACGGGGACCAAAGUUGGUGAUCCACAAGAGGUCAAUUCUAUCGCAGAUUUUUUCACCAAAGACCGAACUUCGCCACUAUUGAUUGGUUCCGUUAAAUCGAACAUGGGUCACUCCGAACCCGCCUCCGGCCUUUGUUCGUUGGCCAAAAUUGUUAUUUCUAUGGAAAGUGGCAAAAUUCCUGCAAAUCUUCACUUUGCCAGCCCAAACCCUGACAUUCAAGCUUUGUUGGACGGAAGAUUACAGGUUGUGAACAAAAACUGGGACUUCAAUGGUGGUUAUGUGGCUAUUAACUCUUUUGGGUUUGGUGGUGCCAACGCUCACGUGUUGUUGAAGCCUAAUUCCAAAACAAAAACCAAUAAAAUUGUAAACCACGUACCGCGUUUGAUUGCCGUGUCUGGAAGAACGGAAGAAGCAGUUAACAAUAUGUUGAAAAAUAUCGCUGAAACUCCGUUAGACGAUGAUUUUGUUUCUUUGUUACACGAUAUCCAUGCUAAUAACAUUAACGGACACGGUUAUAGAGGGUAUUCAAUCCUAGGAAAAUCUAUCUUUGAAGUUACUGAAGUUAAGUCAAAUAAAAGACCAGUGUGGUAUGUUUUUUCUGGAAUGGGAAGUCAAUGGGCCGGUAUGGCCGAAGGACUCUUUCAAUUGGAACCUUUUGCCAAAGCUAUCAACAGAGCAGCUACUGUUCUCCAAGCCGAAGGUAUUGAUUUGUUGAGUAUUUUGAACUCCAAAGAUGAAAAAACAUUUGAUAAUAUCCUCAACUCAGCUGUUUCGAUAACAUCCAUGCAAGUGGCAUUGAUUGAUUUAUUGAAAUCAAUUGGAAUCGAGCCGAAUGGUUUUGUUGGCCAUUCAGUUGGCGAGCUUACUUGUGCUUAUGCUGAUGGAACGUUUACCAUUGAACAGACUAUUUUAAUCUCAGCAUUGAGAGCUCGUUGUGUUUUGGAAAGUAAACUAAUGCAAGGGUCAAUGGCUGCUGUUGGUUUGUCUUGGGAAGAUACUAAAAAAAGAUUGCCUGCUGAUUUGGUAGCCGCCUGUCAUAAUAGUGAAGACAGUGUAACAAUAUCUGGCCCUCCUAAAAGCGUUAGUGAAUUUGUUAAAACUUGUAAAGCUGAAGGAAUUUUUGCUAAAGAAGUCAAUAGUUCUGGAUUCGCUUUUCAUUCUAAAUAUAUUGCCGAUGCAGAACCAAUGCUUCGCAAGAGGUUGGAACAAAUUUUACUAGACCCAAAACCCCGUUCUUCAAAAUGGAUCAGUUCAUCUAUACCUGAAGAAUUAUGGAACACUCCGCUAGCUAAAAGUAGUUCUACUGCAUACCAUGUAAACAAUUUACUGUCACCGGUUUUGUUCCAUGAAGCUAUACUUCAUGUGCCAAAAGAUGCUGUUGUUAUUGAAGUUGCACCGCAUUCAUUACUUCAAGCUAUUUUAAAGAGAUCUCUAGGGCCAGACUGUUUAUGUAUCGGUCUAACCAAGCGUUCAACAAACCCCCAAGGAAAUAUUUCAAUCUUAUUAUCAGCUAUUGGAAAAUUAUAUAAUGCUGGACUUCAGCCGCAAAUCAAAAACUUGUACCCAGCUGUGUCGUAUCCUGUCCCACGUGGAACACCAAUGAUUCAAUCGUUGGUCGAAUGGGAUCACUCUACUCAAUGGACCGUUGCUGAUUUUGUACAAAAGGAAGCUGGAUCUGGUGAGUGCGUAAUCAAAGUAGAUUUAGGUACGGAAGAAGACCAAUUUUUGUCUGGACAUGCAAUUGACGGAAGAGUGUUAUUCCCCGCAACAGGAUACUUAACUCUUGUAUGGAAGACGUUUGCUAAACUACACGAUAAGACCAUCGAAGAGUUUCCAGUUGCUAUUGAAAAUGUACAAUUUUUGCGUGCAACUAUCAUGCCUAAAACUGGAAACGUAAGCUUCUCGAUCAGCAUUUUUGAAGGAACUGGCAAUUUUGAAAUUUGUGAAGGAGAUUCUGUUGCAGUGACCGGCAACAUUUCUAUUCUAAACGAUACGGAUUCCGAGCUAUUAGAUGCUGAACUACCUAUUCUUGAUAUCAACGAGAACGCUAUACCACUUAAAUCAGGAGACAUAUACAAAGAUUUGGGUUUGCGUGGAUAUGAUUACAAAGGAGCAUUUAGAGGAGUAAAAGAAUCUGAUAACAAAGGCAUCCAAGGAAAAUUAGAAUGGAAUGGAAAUUGGAUUAGCUAUAUUGAUACAAUGCUUCAGUUUUCAAUUUUGGGUUUGAAAACCAAAGAAUUAUAUUUACCGACAAGAUUGCAAAAAAUUAUUGUUGACCCUGUUAAGCAUUUGAAAAUAGCUGAAGCCUUAUCUGAGAGUAGCUCCAUCUCCAUAAACAUGUACAGAGAUAUCGAUGUCAUCAAAUCUGGUGGAAUUGAAAUUUGUGGAUUAAAAUUGAGCUUAGCUCCAAGAAGACAACAAUCGCAAGCAGCUCCUAAAUUAGAAAAGUACACGUUUGUACCGUACACUGCCGAUAAAGUUUUUUCAACCCAAACCGAAUUAUCCGACUUAUUCUCUGCUUAUCUACAAAUCGUUUUAGAAAAUAGUGCUGGCGCUGUAAAAAUUAAAGUUGUUGAAUAUGGAGCAGAUAAAUCAUUUGAAGGAAUUUAUAUGCCUAAUGUUGUAAAUAUUUUGGAAUCAGAACCUUUGAUAUCUUUGGAUGCAACCUUGGCUACCACCCAAACACAAGCUUUAACUCCAUUUUUGGGACCAUUAGAAGUGAAAAUGAUUAACAAAUCAUUAGAAAAUGGACCUAUUGAAUCUAAUGCUCACGUGGCUAUUGCAUUUGAUGUGUUAGAAUCAAAAAACAAACUAAAUAACUUGGUCGAUACGGUAAAGGAUGGAGGAUUUAUCCUUUUAUCUGAAACCAAUAAUAUUUCUCAAACUCUUGUUGAGAAUAGUAACCUUAUUUUAAUUAGCAAGCUAUCGGCUGAUGGUAGAACAUUCUACUUGUUGAGAAAGCUAAUUAAAAAUCAACCAAAUCCUGAAGUAAUUCAAGUAUCUGAAAAAUCUUAUGAGUGGGUUGAGACAUUAAAAUCGGCUUUAAAAAUCGCUGAAGCUGACCCAAGCAAGAAAAUUGUUUUGUUUGCUCAAGGAGAAGACACUAAUGGUAUUAUCGGUUUGGUUAACUGUAUCAAACAAGAACCUGGUGGUAACAGUGUCAGAUCAGUAUUUAUUCAAGACCCAGCUGCACCAAAAUUCUCUUUAACCGCUCCUUUAUAUACUGCACAGCUGAAAAAAGAUUUACUGAGCAAUGUAUUAAAGCCUAAUGGGGUGUGGGGUUCAAUGAGACAUUUGAAAUUAGAAAACCAACAGGAUAAACCCUCAUUACAAGUUGAGCAUGCUUAUAUUAAUGCUUUAACUCGAGGUGAUUUGAGUAGUUUGAAAUGGAUUGAAGGGCCUUUGACGAAUUCCAAACCUGAAUACAAUCCAAAUACUGAAUUGUGUACCGUUUACUACGCACCACUUAAUUUCCGUGAUAUCAUGUUAGCAUCUGGAAAACUUCCACCUGAUGCAUUGCCUGGUGAUUUAGCUGGACAAGACUGUAUUCUUGGACUUGAAUUCUCUGGUCGUAACUCUAAAGGUAAAAAAGUAAUGGGUAUGCUCGCUGCUAAAGGAUUAGCUACCAGUGUUCUAGCAGAUACAAACUUCUUAUGGGAAGUACCCAACAAAUGGACAUUAGAAGAAGCAUCAACUGUACCCGUUGUUUACGGAACAGCCUAUUAUGCACUCUGUGUAAGAGGACGGAUGAAGCCAGGUGACUCAUUGUUAGUUCACGCGGGUACUGGAGGUGUUGGUCAAGCAGCAAUUGCUAUUGCUUUGCAUAUGGGAGUAACUGUUUACACCACUGUUGGGAGCAAAGAGAAAAGAGAAUUUUUAAAAAAGACAUUCCCCAAGUUAACAGAUAAAAAUAUUUCAAAUUCUCGGAACACCAGCUUUGAGCGACAUAUUUUAAGGGAAACUAAAGGACGUGGUGUAGAUUUGGUCCUGAACUCGUUAGCUGAAGACAAACUCCAAGCAUCUGUUCGUUGUUUAGCUAAAGAUGGUUGUUUCUUAGAGAUCGGUAAACUUGAUUUGUCAAACAACAGCCCACUGGGAAUGUCCGUUUUCUUGAAAAAUACUACAUUCCAUGGUAUUCUAUUGGACUCAUUGUUUGAUAUCAAUUCCACAAGCGAGGAAAAGAAAGAAGUAGUAAGAUUACUCAACGAAGGCAUAAAGAAUGGGGCAGUAAAUCCUCUACCGGCUACAGUAUUCACUGAGUCUCAAGUGGAACAAGCAUUCAGGUAUAUGGGUUCUGGUAAACAUAUUGGAAAAGUAGUAUUGAAAAUUAGGGAUGAAGAAUCUACAGCAGUUGUUCUACCAGAAACCAAAUUGGUAAAUUCUAUUCCACGAUCUUAUAUGAACCCAGACAAGACAUAUGUGCUUGUUGGAGGACUUGGAGGAUUCGGUUUAGAAUUAGCUAACUGGUUAAUUGUAAGAGGAGCUAAAAACUUGGUAUUGACUGCCAGAAGUGGAAUUACUACCGGUUAUCAAGAUGUAUGUGUUAGGAAUUGGAAAGAGUCUGGAGUUAAUAUAUUGAUAUCUAAGGCUGAUUGUUCAACUAUUACUGGAGCUCAACAAUUGAUUGAUGACAGUAAUAAAUUGGGACCUGUUGGAGGUGUCUUCAACUUGGCAGCUGUAUUGAGGGAUGCUUUCUUAGAAAAUUUAACCCCACAAGAUUUUGAAACUGUUAGCAAACCUAAAGUAACUGGUACCAAAAACUUAGACACAGUUACUAGGAAGUCUUGUCCCGAACUCGAUCACUUUGUUGUAUUCUCAUCAGUGUCUUGUGGACGUGGUAAUGCUGGACAAACUAAUUACGGUUUUGCUAAUUCUGUCAUGGAAAGAAUUUGUGAAGCUAGACAAGAAGCAGGUCUUCCAGGGUUGGCUAUUCAAUGGGGUGCUAUUGGAGAUGUUGGACUUAUCAUGGAAACGAUGGGUGGAAAUGAAACAGUGGUUGGUGGUACACUGCCGCAGCGUAUGGCUUCGUGUUUGAGUGCUUUUGAUGUAUUUUUGCACCAUCGAGAACCCGUCUUGGCUUCUAUGGUAUUAGCAGAUAAGAGAAAAGGUGGAUCUGGUGGAGCUUCUCAAGUGAGCUUAGUCGACGCUGUUGCCAACAUUCUAGGCAUGAAGGACACGAAGAACAUUGAUGAGUCAGCAACUCUAGCAGAUUUAGGCAUGGAUUCCUUGAUGGGUGCCGAAAUCAAACAGACUUUGGAGAGAAACUACGAUUUGGUAUUAAGUAUUGGUGAAAUCCGAGUUCUGACAGCUAAGAGAUUACGAGAAUUGCAAAGUGAUGGGAGUGAAUCACCAGCUGUUGAUGCACCUAUUGUGGACACCAAGAAUAUUGUAAAUGGGGCUUAAAAGACUUAUCAAUAUUGAUUUCUAUACAUUUCUUUCAUUUCGAUGUAAAUAUUUCUAAUCCAAUUUUUUUCGUUGGAAGAUGAUUGGAAAUGCAACGUAUAAUAUAUUGGAUUUGGAUCCUCAAUUCUUUUUCAAAUUCUUUUUAGAUGAUAAUAUGUUGAUACUGAAUUAUAAUAUAAAUUGAAAUAAAACUUUGUUAUUUAAUAAAUAAACUUUAAAUAUAAUUUGUUAAUAUUGUUAA